AUGGUAACUCUGGGUUCAGGGGUUCUGGUGAAGCUUGUUGAAGAAAUGGGAAGUUCCGGAAAGGCCUCGAAUGACCGAAAGCCCGUGUUGCUACAAAUCAGAAGCAUCAUUCCUGUGUUGGCAGAGGAUGAUCUUUGGCCUAAUCAGGGGUUUUACUUGAAGGUUUCAGAUUCUUCACAUGCCAUGUUUGUGUCGUUGCUUCAAGAACAGGAUGACAUGGUUCUUUGCAACCAACUGCAACUUGGGCAGUUGAUAUUUGUAGAAAAAUUGGAGGCAGCACACCCGGUGCCAGUGCUUAAAGGUAUAAGGCCUCUCCCGGGUCGAUUUCCCUGUGUUGGAAAUCCUGCAGAUCUUUUUGCCAUAGAUAAGUUGGUGAAUUCUAAAGGGGCAUCUGAUUUAGUUAUGGAGAAGGAUAGAGGUGUGGAGAAGAAGCCUCGGGGCAGAUAUCGAUCUUUAAGUGCCUCCAAGUCCUGCCCAAGUGAGAAGAAAAGGGCCUCUAGGCCUGGAAAUUGUGAUGUGGGUGAGAGGGAAAUGCGUGUUGUGACAAGGGGGUUUAGGAAAAUAAGCUCUAGUUUUGUAGAGAAAUAUAGUGAUUCCGAUAGCACAUUGUCUUCUUCUUCGUCUGUGCUGACAGUGAAGAGAAAGAGCUGGAAUGGGGCAGAACAAGUUGCAGACUCCCUAGUUGUCAAGCAUGGGAUGAAGCCAACUGGUCGACGUAGCUGCAGUGCUCAUGCUUCUCCAGUUCGUUCUGCUAAGUGUCACAGUUCAGAUGACAAGUCAAGUCCCAAAACAAGAAGAAUUAGUGAUGACAUAGCUAAGAAAUCUGUUAAAAAUUCCAACAGUAGGAUCUCCGUCUCAGCGAAAAAUUGUGAGCAGUCCUUAGAUCCACCAUUGAUGUUUAAUCCGGCUAAUGAUAAGAAAUGGUCAGAAAGUAAGAUAGUGUGGAACUCCCUGCCCCCAACAUUAGUGAAACUUGGCAAGGAGGUACGAAGACACAGGGAUGUUGCUGUGCUUGCUGCAGUGGAGGCUUUGCAAGAGGCUUCUGCUGCUGAGAGUUUGCUCAAAUGUCUAAGCACAUACUCAGAAGUCCAGUCAGCCAAGAGGGAGGAACAGCAACCAUCAGUAAACAAAUUUUUCGACCUACAAGAUGACCUGGCUCGAACUCGAUUGAUUGUUCAAUCCUUGACCAACAUUAGUCCUCUAAAAGCUAAUGAAAAAAAUCCAAGCAGCUCUGCUUCCAUUGGGGAAGCAUUGGUACUUGCACUGGACCGAAAGAAAAAUGCAACUUCAUGGAUCAAAACAGCUUUGGCAGCUGAUCUUAUUACCCCACCUUCUGGCCCUGGUAGUGUUUCAAUGGAGGUUAAACACAAAUCUCAUAAAUCAAGUAAAACUCAUGGUGAUGGUAAACCAAAGGGUACAUGUAUAGUUAAAAUCAAGCAUAAAAGUGAUGCUCAUUUUGGAUUGGCCAUAGAGAAGGAAAAUUCACAAGAUUGGGUAAAGGGAAGUGCUUUAUCUGCCGCUGCAGACCUGGAAAACAGAUUGCAUGAUGAAUGUAGAAAAUGGUUUUUGGCUGCCUUGGAGAGUUACUUGGAUGAAGUCAAGAGCAAAACUGUUUCCAUGGAAUCAGACAACCAUGUAGCUGAAAUGAUGUGUCAGAUUAAGAAGGUUGGUGACUGGUUAGAUGUGAUUGUCAACAAAGAUGAUUCUGAAUUGGAAGCUUGUGUGAGGAUCAAAAACAAGAUCUAUGGGGUGCUUUUAAAGCAUGUGGAGAGAACUGCCAUGGUUUUAGAACACAUGAAUGCAAUGAUUGAAGACCAGCAACAAUGA